GCUGCACCAAUAAUAAUAUUCAAAAUGACCCCCAAAACACUCCUGGUCCUCUUCCUGCUCACCUACACCAGCUUCUGAUUUCCCUUUCAGCCCGCACAGUCAGAAAGCCCAGUGCCCACAAACUUCAUCUCUUGUUCACAGGACCUGUACCAAGCAGGCAGGAUCUUUAUGAGAGCUUAUAAGUCACUUAAUGAGUAUAACUUUGUGAGCCUACUUGGGAUGUAUGGUGAGCUUGUCACUUUGUUUAAGAAGGGAAUAAAAGACUGAGUAACAGAGAAUUUAGCAUGGUGGUAAUUUAUUGGAGUAAUUAAUUUGUAUUUUAAUAUUCAGAAA